UUUGCUAAAAAUAUACAUAACGGACGCACAUAAACUUCAAGAGGGACGGUACACCAAGUGGCCUAAAUAAUGUUCGCACACAACUCAAGUUCUUGUGAGAACAUCUGCGGGUGCAAAUAAAUUAGUUCAUAUAUAUACACCGAUGAGUGUGACGUCGUCGACAUUGCCAACGGGAUAAGUCUUUUCUUCUCUUGUGAGGAAGAGAUGGUAACCCUGGGCUAGCCACAUUCGUUGAAUAGGCUGAUGGGGAAGAAAAGCGUCUAUUUACUACAAAACUAUGAAUAUUAUUGUAGUUUGUCUGGGUUUGAUUUGAAUACAGUUAGCAGUAUAUAAUUAGCAGUUUCAACAUUCAUCCAAUCAUUCAUUCAUCCAUCCAUUUAUAGUGUUUACCUCGAAGUGCUUAUGACCUCAAGAAAAUUUGCUUAUCUUUUGCAAAUACGAUUGACAAGGCAACUUGGUAGUUUUAUAAUACCGAUUGAAGCAGAUCGCCAAAGCACCAUCCUGAGCGAAUUAUCAUCGUACAUGUACGAGCGACGUGGUGUGAAUGAAUAAAAGUAAGAACGGACGGUGCCGUAGCAGGCAAUCGCUACGAUCGUCGAUAAGUCGCUCCAGAGGAUCGCAUUACGAUUUUGCUACAACUGACGAAAUCAAUUACGGAAGUUCCCUCCACAUCUACGUUGACGAAUGUGAAAAACUUAUACGUGAAUUUAACUGCAAAGUUGCACAUUUUCGGGAGAAGGUAAUUUCAAUUGGUGAUACAGAGGACAAUCACGAACACAGAGAAGAUGUGAACAAAGCGAGAUUAAAAUGUUUUGAGGCAGCUAAGUCGGCCAAAUCCAAACUAUCACCCCAUUUAAAAGGGACAAAUACAAGGCCAGAAUUUCGACGAUUAGUUAUUCAACUCAGCGGCUGCAUGGAACUGAUGAUUGCAGAAAUGAGAAAGUCUAGAAGUUUAAUGGCAGCAUUUCCUUUGAAUAAGGAUGGUAACGCAGAUGUUCUUCCAGGUACAGUGCCGACGCAUGGUGAUGUAGACAACCGGGUGUCCAAGUCAGGUAAAUGUAAUCUACUAUCACCAGAUGUUUCAUCACUCACUACGGACAGUUAUAAUGGGACCAGGGCGAAUGGGUUUGAUGACGUGGAGGCUGUCGCAAAAGACAUCAGAAGUAUACAGUCUUUAAUGAGGGAGUUGGAAUCAGAAGAGAAACAGAUCGUCACAGGUAUGUCAUCGACGUCUCACCAUGAAGAUCAGGAACUCUUUAUAAUGGGAAAGCCUGGAAAGAAAGGAUUUGUUAAGCCUUCUCGGUGGUGUUUCUGUACGACGCGUUGCUGUCAAAUCGAAUAAACGUUUCCAAACAUUUAAUGAACUAAUCCUCUACCAAUUUAAGUAGAGUCAUAAGAACAACGUCCAAGCAAGCUUUUUGAAGCUUGAAAAAACCUACUCAGUAUUUGAAUUUUGACAGGGAAUGGAUGGGUGGUAUAUUCGUGUGCGUUUGGUCAUGCGCAGUGGAUUUCUUAUUCGUUUAUUGAAAUCAGGAUUAUGUCAUUAGUCUACAUCCUAUAUUCUCAAACGAGGAUGCUUACGCUGAAAAAAUUCUUUACAGUAACACGUGCCAAACACGGGGAACUAGUUUACGGACCUCGGCGCAGACGAGGCGUAUUGUGACCAAGACAUUCGUGCUUCUUCAACAUUGUCUUUACGACAUAUAACCCAUGGAAAACGGCAAACUGCAAAAAUUACUAGAUGUCUUAUGCAAGAAUUUUCGAUAGGUUUUAGAUUUUAAGUACUAAAUUAUAUAUAUAU